AUGACCACACACUCACAAGUUGGCAUCGUUAAACUGAAACAAUUUUUUGAUGGGACUAUCAAGUACCCUCUUCCUAAGGCCUUGUUUACGAAGAAAGUGGAGAUUCCGGAUGAACCUACAUGCUAUAAUGAGGUUGUAAAAUACAAAGAGUGGUGCCAUGCCAUGGACCAAGAGUUCUUAGCACUCAUGAAAAAUGGCACUUGGACUCUUACUUCUCGACGUCCAGGUAUGAAUGUUGUGGGAAACAAGUGGGUGUUCCAGUCCAAACUCAACUCCGAUGGGACUCUCAAUCAGGGUAAAACUUGCCUUGUUGCUAAGGGCUAUAAUCAACAACCAAGUAUUGACUAUGCUGAUACCUUCAGUUCUAUAGUCAAACCUGCCACCAUUAGGGUAGUUCUCUCCCAUGCUGUCUCUCUGGCUGGCCUCUUCAUCAAAUUGAUGUGA